CAGGCAAAAAAAUAAAAAAAAUCUAUAGACAGCGGUAGUUAGGUGCUUCAAAGUUGGACAAAAUGAUUGCCAUUUGCCACUAACUUCAAUUAUACAACACUGCUUUUGGUCUCAGCAGCAUCCUGCAGCCCACUACACCUGUUCAUCAUUUCUCUUCCUCAUCUUCCCCUCAUCACUACUCUUCCACAUUAGUCCCUAAACGGAAACAAAACGAAGGGAGGAGAUAGAAGCAUAGAGACUAAAGUUGCAUCUGGGUGAGAAUUCUGAAGCCAUGGCAUUUGCAGGAACAACCCAGAAGUGUAUGGCAUGUGACAAGACUGUCUAUCUUGUCGACAAGUUAACAGCCGAUAACCGUGCGUACCAUAAGGCUUGCUUCCGAUGCCAUCAUUGCAAAGGAACCCUCAAGCUUGGCAACUACAAUUCCUUUGAGGGGGUUCUCUACUGCAGGCCACAUUUUGAUCAACUGUUCAAAAGAACUGGCAGUCUUGACAAAAGCUUUGAGGGGACACCAAAAAUUGUAAAGCCAGAGAAACCUGUUGAUGGUGAGAAACCUGUGUCAACUAAAGUCUCGACCAUGUUCGCUGGAACCAGAGAAAAGUGUUUCGGCUGCAAGAACACUGUCUAUCCAACUGAGAAGGUUUCGGUGAAUGGAACUCCUUACCACAAAAGCUGCUUCAAAUGCAUCCACGGAGGAUGUACAAUUAGCCCAUCAAACUACAUUGCACAUGAAGGUCGCCUCUACUGCAAACACCACCACAACCAACUUAUCAAGGAAAAGGGAAACUUGAGCCAACUUGAGGGUGAUAUUGAGAAGGACUCCAUGAACAACAAAACUAAUGGAAGAGAAGUUGCUGCCGAGUCAUAAUCUGCUGAACGAUACAUGUUCAUCCUGCAUUUUCCUGCCUUAUGAUGUUGCUGUCACCCUCAUGGUUCACACUUUCCCUGCAGUCCAAAUGUCUUUAUGCUUAUGAGCUAGAUUAAAAUCAUGAUAUUUCAUAUUUCUCAUUGAAGUGUGUGAGCUUUUUUUGUUGUUGUAUUUGGAUUUUGUUAUGCUAUUAUGGAUGCUCGCAUGAGAUGAGAAGACUUGUAUGGUUAUAGUAUGUGAUAUGGUGAGCUAAACUCGUGUAAUUUGUGGAUUCUUAUUGCUAUCUAUUGACUUCCAAUAGAUGCCGAUGAUCAUCAUUAUUUUA